AAAAAAAUUCUAGGGAUGAAAAAUACAUUAAAUGUCCAUGAUAUUAUAACAGAAAAGCAAAAAAGAUCUUUGGUGACCUCUGAGAGAGUAUCUAAUAGUGGGGCGGGGCUAGGAGUCAGAAUAUAAUGUGUGGAAGAGGGGUGUAGAUGGAAAGAAGCUUUAAAUGUGGACCACUUGUUUAGGAAGUUUGGUCAUAAAAGGAAAUUAAGAAAUAAGACUGGGAAGGAGCCACAGUAUCAGUUGGAGGACUUUUUUGAGGAAAGGACAGGGAUACAUGUGGCUUCAUGAUGGCCAAGAAAAGAGAACCAAUGGAAGGAACUAACCCAAGGUGUUGAAGAUGUGGGUAUACCAUCAUGCUGAGGAUGCCCUUGAGAUGGGGAGGGGAGGUUUUGCAGGGACAGAAAUAGGGACAUCUGUCUCAUUUGCUUAUAAUUCAAUUUGUUUCAUUCACGUGUCAUAGACCUAGCAGCAAAACACUUUUCCAAAUCUCUGCCUCUAGUGUAAAGAGCCCAGUUAGAGUCCUAAGUCUUGCCCUGAUCUGGAGCAUCAGCUCUGUGCCAUAGUGCACGUCACUUAGGCUCUGGUGUAAGCCUCAGUUUUCUCAUUAGUGAAAUGGGGUUAACAAUAAUACUUACUUCAGAGUGUUGCUGCUCAGCUACUGGUCUGGAGGCAGUGUCUCUGGUGUGUUUUGAGUCUGGUCCAUAUGACAAGUGAUGUCACAAUGCCCUACUAGACUUCAGCUUCUCCACUAGGGAGUUGUAGAUCCUUUGGAGCCAAGGACUCGAACAGACAUGCGAGACCUCUACCAACUGAAGGUUUCAUGAACACACUCCUUUGCCAAGAUCUUGGUGAAUAGUCUUUCACUGUGCAGUUGUAUCUUAGAAAUUGUUUUCCUUUUGAUCAUGAUUGUGCUUGGCUGGAUGCUUUUUGUUGGACUUGCAUGUUACAUGGGCACGUUUCCAGAAUUAAUGCCUCCAACUCUGAAGUGGAAGGAGAGGUGGCCUGUUCAGGAGAGCAAGACACAGCUGAGGAGGCAGGCUUUAGGUGAAAAUCUGCUGCAAGUAAGUGGGUGGUCAGGUCUGGUGGGCUGGAUUCCUCCCUUUCCAGAAUACUUGGUAGUACCCUGAAAUAUCAGUGAUGAGUGUUUAUUCCUCUGGAAAAUAUAAUAAACUGUGGAAAGGGAAAUGAUUUGGUGAGUACUGCUGAGGACAGCAGGCCAAAGUUUUCUGUUAAUAACCAUGUCUCAUAGGUGUUGUUUUUGAAGUCUGUUGCCAUCUAUUAUUUUUUCUCCUCACAACACUGUAAUAUACUAUUAAUCGCAUUCUUUUUUUUUUUUUUUUU